GUUCGGACUCUAACUAUAUCAGCCUAAAUCAUUUCUACUAGUCGCGAGAUAAUGCUCGGGGAGGAGACAUUCGUUCCCGACUGCAGACUCUCAUAUUAUUCCAAUUGAAGUGUUCCGCUCCCGAAUUCGUCAUGAACCGUCGGUCCUCAACGAGAGAAUCGAUACGGGUAGUGGAACGGGGAGGCUGCAGCUUACUAGGGUGACUAAUACACAUCGUGACGCGUAUGUCAUAUCAAGUUCGACAAUAAUUCUUUCCAAAAUCGACGACGUAACUUUCAUAGAGAUAUCACGGUUAUUGCCUUUUACAAUAGCAAUAAUUUGUCAAUAAUUGAUAAUGUAACAAUUUGGUUACUGAUAUUUCCCCUGUAGCGGUCGGUAAUUCGAUGAUUCCGCCGGUGACAGGAUACACGCCUACGUAGUGUACAAUAGUGUGUAAUAGUUUUAUCCGCGCAUCCCCCAUAUACUCGAAUAUACGCGCGGGCUACUUGUUGUAAUUAUUUGAUGAGCUUGCUUGAAAGAACGACGACUAUUCUCACUGUGACGAUUUUGCUGCAGUGUCAGAUCGAAGUUCAAUUGGUGCGUAACGCCCUCUCAUUAUGGACAAAGAUAUUGGAAUGCGAGGAAGUUUGUUCUCCAUUGAGAUAUUCCAUUAACCGAUUUAAUUUUUCUCUUGCGUGUAUAUAAACACGGUGUGCGAGCGUGGCGUAUUAAUAUGUGAGCGGAAUAAAGGACAUGCAAUAAUUCGCAUUUUGAAGGGAAAUAAUUUACAUGUAUUAGUCACACUAAUUUUAUAUGAUAAAAAAGAUAAUGACAUCGUCAUUGUGUUAUACUUGUGUUGAAUCAUGAUGACUGGAGGAGAUACUUGACACGGGAAAAACAAAGAUUUGUGAUAAACACGAAAGAACGUGAAUUUACGAGUGAUAAAGCAGUUCAGCGUAGUCCAAUGAAAAAAUUCAAAAUGAAGAAGAGAUUAUUAUGGUGCGGUUUCACUUUCGCCGUCGUGCUUCUCAUCCUUAUGAUUUCAACUGAGAGCAACAUCAUCCAAAGAAUACCGUUUCUCGAUGUGACGACAGUCAACGGUAUCAAAUGCUAUGAUAAAGUUUCAACUACAAAAAGCAGUCUUGAUUUCGAUUGGGAAACAAAUACCGACAAGCCAACAUCAGGUAGGAACAUCUUCUUCCAUGAGACUUCUUGUUUCGGCGACGAGGGCCUGACAUUAAAUGCCCGACAAGCCUGUGCCAUAGAAUCAGCAGCACGGAUGAAUCCGUCAAUGACCGUGUAUUUGCUAUUCAUCAGCAAAUCGGAGUUCUCGAACAGUACACGCGAGAUCGUCAGGCAACUUCUUAAUUAUUCCAACGUCAGGAUCCGUCAUAUCGAUCCACAGAAAUACGUGAAGGAGACGCCCUUGGAUGCAUGGUAUACCAGUGGCGUCUUAAAGAAAAGCCACUGGCCGGUCAGUCACAUGUCAGAUAUACUACGUUAUCUGACUUUGUGGAAGUAUGGCGGUAUCUACCUCGAUUUGGACGUAGUAGUCACCAGUUCGUUAGAGAAUCUGACAAAUUUUGCUGGUGCAGAGGACUGGGACGAUGUUGCUGCCGGCGUCAUGGGGUUCGACAUGUCGAAGCUGGGUCGACGCGUGGCUGAUGCUUGCGUGCGCGAUCUCAAAAAGAAUUUUCGCGGCGACGUCUGGGGUAACAAUGGACCCGGAGUUAUCACAAGGACAUUACAGAAACUCUGCGCGACGACGUAUGCACGCGAUAUGACAACCAACCGUUGCCACGGCUUCACAGUAUAUCCGCCUUCGAUUUUCUAUCCGAUUCAUUAUAAAAAAUGGAAGAAAUAUUUUGAGAUAAAAGACAGCAACGUGACUUUGAAGGCAUUGAACAAGGCAAAAGCGAUUCAUGUAUGGAAUAAUUUAAGCAAGGCCGAAAAGGUGCGAGUGAAUAGCAAUGUACCAUAUGCUGUUAUCGCACGGAACUAUUGUCCUCAUGUUUUCAAUAACUGCGACGAACAAAUGUUGAUACCAAGUAGAUGCAUAUUCUUCCAUGAGACCAUGUGUUCACCGCCGAAUCUUACGCCUCAACAAGCGUGCGCUGUAGAAUCGUCGGCUAGAAACAAUCGCAAUUUGAACGUCUUCUUGCUUUUCUUCGCGACGAAACAGUUUUCUGAGAAGUCUAAGAGAUACGUCAAAAUUUUAGAAACCUAUGAUAACGUAUACAUAAGGAGAAUACGUUUGUCUACAUACAUUAUCGAUACGCCAAUAGAAGACUGGUUCUGGGCAAAUAUCCGUAAAUUAUGGGAGAACCACGAUUGGCUACAUAAAAUCUUUCAUGAUUAUGUCCGGAUGUUGACGCUGUGGAAGUUUGGCGGUGUGUCGUUGAAUUUGAACAGCGUGGUGCUGACAUCACUGGACAAGCUAACUACUUUUGCGGGCGUGCAAGACAAUCGAGACGUGGAUGUCGGUGUAUUUGGCGUCGACACGAGUACAGAUUUUGGAAGAAACUUUAUCGACGCUUGUAUGGAAAUUAUUAAAAGUACAAAUGCAAACAGCUAUUUACGAUACAAUAUCACAAGAGUUAUAACCGAAGCUAUAUGGAAACUCUGUUAUCAGCGAAACGACAAGGAAUGUCGGCAGUUUACGAUCUACUCACCGGAAAAAUUUUAUCCCUCAUUUUCUGAUUCGCGGGAAGUUCACACAAACAAAACAAGAGCGAAAGAAAUGCUGAAAAUAGAGAAAAACGCUAUGAUGAUUCAUUUGUUGAACAAUUACAAUCGAAGCACAGAAGCAAAUAAUGUAAUGGCUUUCAAAAUGGCGGCUGAACAAAAUUGUCCGAAGAUAUACGAUACACGUAUCGGACAAUUAAGCACGUUAGACGCGGUAAUGGCACAACAAAUCUUCAAAGGUCAUCAAGAUCACUAUAAUGGAAUUACAAUCGAUUCUGUUGAGGAGGCCUGCGAUAAUAAAAUAUUUGUACAGCGUCUCAAAGAUUCUUUAGAGCAAUGGAUAAUGGAUAAAAGACGCACUAUAUGGUUUCGUGUGCACAUACCGCAUACCGAAUGGGUUCCGAUAUUAACAAGGCAUGGAUUCAUUUUCCAUCAUUCCAAAGAAGAAUAUGUCAUGUUAUAUCGUUGGUUGCCUACUAACGAGGCAUGUAAUGUCCCAAAAUAUGCACAUACAUACUUAGGUGUUGGUGCGUUUGUGUUCAAUAAGAAUACUAGUGAAAUUCUUGUUAUUAAAGAAAAAUAUGCUCCUACUAAAGCAAGUUGGAAACUUCCAGGAGGCUAUGUAGAGCCAGGAGAAGAUAUUGAAACAGCAGCCAAAAGGGAAGUUUUAGAAGAAACGGGAAUUCAGGCAAAUUUCAAAUGUUUAGUAUCUUUCAGACACGGGCAUGAUUAUUAUUUUGGAUGCUCGGAUAUAUAUAUGAUCGCGUACUUAAUACCUCAAAAUUUUGAAAUUGAUAGAUGUAAACGGGAGAUUUCAGAAUGCAAAUGGAUGAAGCUAAGUGAUUUCAUGCAACAUCCAGAAGUACAUGCAAAUAACAAAACUUUAGCAGCAAAAACAAUAGAUUUUCUUGAACAUCAAAUGGGCAUAGUUGCAAACUAUGGAAUACAUCCCAUUACUAAAAAGCAGAUAUGUGUGUAUAGUGUGCAGAAUACAGACAUUAAAAAUAAAUUUCCAGAAUAAACUUCAUCUUU